AUGGGGUCCACCAAGCACCACAAGGCAACACGAGUGACGAUGUGCAUCGUCCAGCCCGAGAUCUACAUGGCCUUGAUGCAAGUGCGAGCUCCUGCGAAGCCAGCGUACCUGAAGUCUCGAGAGACGUCCGUGGUAGAAGGAUGCCACCCGAUGGUAUGCUCCUCCGUGUAUGCAACAAGCGAUAUGGUUGUAUACACGGAGGGGUUCAAAGGUGUGGUUCUUCCUCCCUAUGUUCUCGUGCGGUCCAGUCUUUGGCACUGCUUCAUGUCCAAAUGGCCUGCCGUGAGUCACCAGAUGACAGGAAUGUGA